AUGAAGCUUGUAUUAAAUGGGGGAAAUGUAACUGGAGGUCGUGGUGGUGGUGUAACUGGAGGUCUUGGAGGCGGUGAAACUGGAGAUCGUGUUGGUGAAACUGGAGAUCGUGGUGGUGGUGGUGGUAUUUGUGUUUGGGGAAGAGGAAGAGGAAGAGGAACACCAACAGCAGCACCCAUAUCUUCGACUCCUUCUCCUCCUUCAAUUUCUGAAGUUUCUGGAGGUCAUGGCGGUGGUGGUGUUUGGGGUAGAGGUACAACACCAGCAGCACCCGUUUAUUCGACUCCUCCUCCUUCAAUUUCUGAAGUAGGUUCAUCUUCUGGAUCACCAAACGUAGAUUUACUUGCUCAAGAAGUGCAGAAAACUCUUAACUGUACAACAAGAACCAGCAGUUUCUCUUGUUAG